AUGUUUAGAUCUUUUCCAACUGCCCCUUUCCAAAUAGCUCAGCAACAGCCAAAAAUCGAAAUUUCAGCUCCAAACGAGUCCCGAAAUGACAUGAAAAACAAGCGCAGAAGCAAAAGUGACCAAGAAGGACGAACCUACAAGUGUGGCUGUGGAAAAAUGUAUUUGAGCUAUCCCGCUCUCUACACACACAUUAAGACAAAGCAUGAUGGAAUUACCCCAGAAGGCACCAACGCUCCUCAGUUCAAAAACGGACGAGGGAGAGGCCGUCCUCGUAAGAUUAAGGACACUACAGAGCCUGUGAGGGUCCAAAUAACUCAUCCAUCAGACAACAUUAGAAAAAAUCCUAAUUUCGCUGACGAAAUUUCCUAUCUCAGAGAAAUCGGGCAUUACUCACAAGAAGGCACUGACCCAACAGAAAACUUCCCAAGGGUUUUUAAGAAUAAUCAAGAAACUGAGCAUCCUAUUUUGGCGACUCUAAAAGAAGAAAGCAUUCUUCAUGAGAAAGCCAAAAACGGGGAAUUUGUGCAGGAAAAAGAAAAUAAAGGCGAUCGGAUUAUGGCGAAGUUUCUGUGGGAGCAUGCUAAAAUCUGCCAAAAAGAAUUUUAUAAAGCGAUUGUUCUUUUUAUCGUACUUUUAUACAAAUUUCUAGAUGAAGAAAUUGAGGAAAAUUUUUUGCUUAAAUAUAACUGUGAAGAAGUCCCGUGCUAUUUGGCGCAGUUUAUGAAAUAUUUAGAAGUUAUUAAAUGUGAGUUUAAUGAGGAGGAUUUAGAAAAGCUAGUAAAACAUUAUGCUGAGUGGCUUUAUUCACAUGGAUACACUCAUAUAAGAAUAUUAGAUAACUAA